AUGAAGGACAGGAUAGCUCGCGGCAUGGUGCUAGCAGCAGAAGCUCAAGGGCGUUUGGCCCCCAGGGCGGCUCUUAUAGAGCCGACGAGCGGUAACACUGGCAUCGGUCUGGCUAUGGUUGCAGCAGUUCGUGGAUAUAGAUCUGUUGCUGUAAUGCCUAUGAAGAUGUCUGCAGAGAAACACCGCAUCAUGAAAGCUCUUGGCUCUACUAUUCUACGCACGCCCACGGCGGCGGCUUGGGAUGAUCAGAACUCUCACAUAGCGCUUUCUCUUCGUCUACAAGAAGCCAUGCUGGCGGAGCAGCAGCGCGAGGGGAGCACCGCAUGGGGAAACAAGCAACGGCAACAGCAGCACCGGCAGCAGCAGCAACAGCAACAGCAGCAGCACAAGCAUGGGGAAACAAGCAACGGCAACAGCAGCACCGGCAGCAGCAGCAACAGCAACAGCAGCAGCAACAACAGCAGCAGCAGCAGCACCGACCGUUACCAUGAACAGAUAGCCUGCAUCCUGGAUCAGUACAGAAACCCCGCGAAUCCUCUUUCUCAUUUCUUCGGAACAGGAACCGAGCUGCUGGCUCAGUGCAGCAACAAGCUAGACAUGGUGGUGAUCUGUGCGGGCACUGGGGGCAGCCUGACGGGGGUUGGUCGCCGUAUAAAAGCUGCGCUGCCGCAGUGCAUCGUCGUGGGUGUUGACCCCGAGGGCUCUGUACUGGCGGACCCCAGCUGCUCGACGGUGAAGCCGUAUGCAGUUGAAGGCAUUGGCUAUGACUUUGUGCCUACAGUACUGGAUCGUGCAGCAGCAGACUGCUGGUGCAUCGUCGUGGGUGUUGACCCCGAGGGCUCUGUACUGGCGGACCCCAGCUGCUCCACAGUGAAGCCGUAUGCAGUUGAAGGCAUUGGCUAUGACUUUGUGCCUACAGUGCUGGAUCGUGCAGCAGCAGACUGCUGGGUAAAAACUACAGACGAAGAGAGCCUGCUGUGUUCUCGUCUUCUUCUUCGUACUGAGGGUAUGCUUGUGGGGGGCUCUGCUGGCGCAGCCCUCGCUGGCGCUAUCAAAGCUAUUGAACACUACGGCUGGACACAAGACCCCACCAAACGCAUCGCUUUCCUAUUGCCAGAUAGCAGCCGCAACUACACCACCAAAUUCAUCUCCGAUGAGUGGAUGGUAGCCAAAGGGUUCCUGGACGCCGGGAUACUGGAUCGACAGUACAACGAUUUGGGUGUAUUGGGUCUUCAGUCUGUGCCUUUGCCUGCGUUGAGUUUUGUAUCUGCUGCUGCAUCCCUGAAAGAGACAGCAGCAGUGCUGCUGCAGUCUGCACAGCCGUUUGUGGUGGUAGUUAAGCCCGAGGCUGCAGCAGCAGCAGCAGAAAGAGGAGGAGUCGAUGCUGGUGAUAUAGUGGGUACAGUAACAGACCAAACACUGCUCAAAGCAAUGGGAGAUUUCCCCAGUACAGCAGAAGUGAAGGAAGUAGUUGAUACAGAAAUACCUAUUUUCAGGUGUAUAGACACCUCGCUUGCACGCGUUGCACAGACACUUGAACUCUACCCAUUCGUACUCAUUCAGUCCAAUACAGGACUCGUCACUUCUGCUGUUGAAGCAAAAAAACUUCUGCAGGCAUUCAUCGAUCAACAACCACAAACACAAACAUAA